AGAGCGGCUACCGCUGAGGGGGAGCGGAGCGAGCGGCUAGAGAGAGCGACAGCGGAUAAUGGGGGUGCGGACGGAGUCUUCGGCGCAGAGGCAGGCCUCCGAGACAAAGGCGCCAGAUGCUCCUACAAGGCAUGCCGGCAGCCGCCCGUCGUAGGUGUUUACGGACUCGGGGGGGAGGAGACCGAAUUCUGCAGAGCGCAUUCGGUGCAGGGGAUGCAAGCGUUGGUCCGAGGGUUGCCCACGGCAUGAUCGAGAAACACGCGGAUGGCCCGGCCCGCCCUACAGAGAAGGUUUCUUCCCGGUAUAGCCUUUUAUCCCUCCCCCCCCACAUGCCCC